AUGGCUGAAAUGGCUUGGUGUUUGGCUGAGGGAAGAAGGUCGGUUGGUAAUGUGAGGUGGAUUUGGAGCUGUGGUCUUCAGCCUGGGCGUGAGGAGGCAAAGACGGACAAGGGAGGAGCUGGACGAGGAAACGUCUGCCUAAGGUUUUACAUCAGCGGGAAUUACGGGAUUCAGCAGGAUUUAUGGGAAUUGAUCGGAGAUCUCAGAGCAGGAUAUCUGAGGUCUAAGUUAACUUUGGACUGGGAUUUUAUUGAAUUAACAUUGUUUCAGGUAUUGCUUGGUCUGUCAGGAGUUUUUGUUGUUAUACUCUCAGUUCUUGGAUCAAUUGGAUUCUAUAGUGCUAUUGGAGUGAAGUCUACUUUAAUAAUAAUGGAAGUCAUUCCAUUUCUUGUGUUAGCCGUUGGAGUGGAUAAUAUGUGUAUUCUUGUGCAUGCUGUCAAGCGCCAAACAACUGAUAUAUCCUUAGAAGGGAAAAUAAGCAAUGCACUUGUGGAAGUUGGGCCUUCCAUAACCCUUGCUAGUUUGUCUGAAGUUUUAGCCUUUGCUGUUGGAAGUUUUAUUCCAAUGCCUGCUGUUCGUAUCUUCUCUAUGUUUGCUGCAUUGGCUGUUUUUCUGAACUUCAUUUUGCAAGUUACCGCUUUUGUUGCGCUUAUCAUAUUUGACAUUUGGAGAACUAAUGAUAAUAGGAUCGAUUGUUUUCCAUGUGUUAAACUUGCGCCAGCUGUUGGAUCUGAAAGAGCUAUUCUCCAAAGAAAACCAGAAUUUCUUGUGCGUUAUAUGGAGGAUUUCCAUGCACCCAUGCUUGCCAUUCCUGGAGUUAAAAUUAUGGUUAUUGCUGCAUUCACUGCAGCUACUUUUAUGAGUAUUGCACUCUGCACAAGGCUUCAACCUGGUUUAGAUCAAAAGAUUGUCCUUCCUAGAGACUCUUAUCUUCAGGGUUACUUUGAUGAUCUUGCACAUUAUCUGAGAGUAGGUCCACCACUGUAUUUUGUUGUAAAAGACUUCAACUAUAGCUUGGAAUCAAAUCAAACAAACAAGAUAUGCUCCAUCAGCCAAUGUGAUUCAAACUCCCUUUUGAAUGAGAUUACAAAGGCAUCAUUAAUUCCAGAAUCCAGUUUUAUUGCCAAGCCAGCAGCCUCAUGGCUUGAUGACUUCCUUGUAUGGUUGUCUCCAGAAGCAUUUGGUUGCUGCCGUAAGUUUGUAAACGGAAGCUACUGUCCUCCAAAUGAUCAGCUUGAUAUAUUGGCCAUUUCUAAAAAAAAAAUAAUCCCAGAUGUGUCUCGGGCCUGUUUGUCUGCAUUUUCUGCAACUAUGUUUAAAGGAGCCACUGAUUGUGAAAGGGAAAUUAAAAUCUGCUGUCAGAUAGCUAAUUAA